GAAAAGAGCAAUUCAGUCGCUGAUUGGCUGUAGCGUAACUGACGUUGCUGUCAACACCAGAAAAACAUGGCGGCUCCCAUGAGAGGCAUGGCUGGCUCCAGCAACACAGGCAACACAACUAGUUUUCAGAAAAAAACCCACAGCAAACUAGUUUCUAUCCCUGGUACAAGACCGUCUGUACAGAACGGACAGCUCUUAGUGUCAUCUGGCGUCAGCUCGCUUGACUACGUGAUUGGUGGAGGCCUGGCGGUUGGAACUCUGCUGCUUGUAGAGGAGGACCGCUUUGACAGCUACUCCCGCAUGCUGCUCAAGUACUUCCUGGCGGAGGGAGUUGUGUGCGGACAUGAACUCUUCCUGGCAUCCGCCCGAGAUCACCCUGAUGAGAUCAUGCAGGAACUCCCUUCUCCAAUUGUGGAUGAUGUUGCCGGCAUAAAGAUGAGCGAGGGUCAGUCUCAGCCAAGUGACCCAGAGAAUCCAGACACGAUGAAAAUCGCCUGGCGCUACCAGAACCAACCAAGAGUUCAGACGGCUUUGGUAUCAUCAAUGAGGUUUGGUCAUUACUAUGACGUGUCCAAGACCAUGGAGCCUGAGCUACAGCAAGCUGCCAAAUGCCACCGUUUUUAUCAGCUACAGGAAACGCCAGUUACCAAAGGAUCAAGUCCGUUACCAUCACCCUAUCAAGCUCUCCUGAAGUCUAUCCAGACGGUCAUCCGGAAAGAAGGCUUUGAUGGAUCCACACCACAGUCUAAGGUUCGGAAUGUCCUGCGGCUGGGUCUUCAUUCUCUGGGGUCAGUGCUCUGGGGUGAUGAUGUGUGCUGUAAUGAUAACCCCGCCCACUGCCACGCCCUCAGCACAUUUCUCUACGCCCUCCGAGGCCUGUUACGCUCUUCACUCUCAGUCGCUAUAGUGACCGUACCCUCCCACCUCAUACAGAACAGAGCCGUAAUGGGACGAAUAAUCAGACUGAGUGACACAGCCAUAGCUCUGGAAUCAUUCAGAGGCUCGGAGAAGGAGACCAACCCACUUUACAAAGACUAUCACGGUCUCCUGCAUGUUCAUCAGUUACCCCGUCUGAACUGUUUGUCUUGUGAGGUCCCCGAUACGAAGGACUUGGCCUUCAAACUCAAGAGGAAGCAGUUCACAAUUGAGAGACUGCAUUUGCCUCCAGACCUGUCAGAGACGGUGAGUCGAGUGAGUAAAACAGAACUGGCAGCAGGAUGUGGCAGCACAGCCACGGGCAACAAGCACCUAGAUUUCUAGCGUAUUCCCUUUCCUCCUGCACCCUCCACCCCCCGUGAUGUGAUGUUCAAGGGCAGGAGAGAGCUGAAGCUGCACGACGCCAGUCACACCUGCACUGACACGCUCACUCACUCUCAUGAUUAGUGAAUGAGAUUAAGAUGGAGCAACGUUUAGUAGCUACUAACAUGGAGAAGCAUACAAGUCUGUGAUAUUCAGUGUCACAAACACCUACAGUAGCAAGUACCUGUUGCUUUCUUUGGAUGAAAUGAGAAUGUGACGCAAAUAACGAUAACGUAGUUUGGCUACCAGUGUCUUUUCAGUGCACUUCAUGGCUUCCUGAUGUGUAUUAGCUUAGUUAGUAAAUGAAUAUUUCAAGUCCGUAAAGUUUCAACCAAAAAUGUAAACAAUGUAAAGUUUUAUUCAUGUAAAAAAAAAGGCACCCCCUUUUUCAAGCUGUUUGGUUAUUUCUGGUUCAUAAUGUUUUUCUGUUCAGGAUAUAAUUCAUUAAAUAUAAAAUGAGGACUUGACACAUUAUUUAUUUUGUACUUUACUGACAUGUUUAAUUUUUUUUUUUUUUUUUUGUAUAAAAACUAUCUAAAUUGUUUGCAUUCACUAUAGUAAUAUUUGUUGUACUGCACUUAAUUCCUAAUGUUUAACAAAAAAUAUAUAUAUAUAUUUUAGUGAAGUAAGAAAAAUACUGUUACAGUAAAUUAAAUCAUCCUUGUGAAUAAUGGUAAUUAUUCGUAAUUAUGUCAGAAUACAUGAAAGUAAUUAAAGUUUAUUAAAAUGUGCAUAAAUUGUCACUUAACUUAAUUUCCCUUAAAAUAUAGGCUUCUUUUUCUUGAUACAAACAUAUAUGGAUUUCUCCCUUUUGUGGUGAAAGGUGACCUAUUAUUUAAGUUUUACCAUGUUUUUUAAUACUGAAAAUGACCAAAAUAGUAAAUAAUAUAAUAUAAUAUCUCCUUUCUCUAUUUCUUAAACAGGCUCCACAAUAAGAUACUGCAUUCAUUUACAAUUUAAUCAUAAUAAGAUCCUUAUGCAUUUAUAAUAUUACAACUUAAAUUUCAGUUGACAUGACCCUGCCUGACUUUGAGCGGAAAUGUAUUCAUAAUGUAAAAAUUGCUGCACAAAUUAUUCAUUUCUGCUUCUGAAUAAAUCUGAUGUGAAAGGAUAUAUUCAUGUUUUUAUACAGACUUUAAUGUUUCAUAGCCUCAUUUGCAUUCUCUGUAAACACAUACAGCUGUAUCAGUAUUCAGUUUUUAAUGAGUUUAUUGCUCUUUUUUUAUUCUUAUAUUUAUUUUUAUGAAUUACCCUAGUUAAUUUUGUGAAUAGGAUUAUAUUUACUGGUCACCUAUAUUAUUUUAAUAUUGUUUGCUAGCAUGAUUAAUCAUCUUCAGUAGACAUGUGCUGUCACAUGAAUAUAUUCUAAGAGCAAAAUUAGUUUAUCAAUUAAUUUGAUCCCAAACUGCAUGUAUAAUAAAAAUAUAACAGCUUUGUCUAAGUAUAACUUUGCUUGAGUUGUGUUUUGAGAUGUCGCCAUCCUUUUCACUUUCCAUUGCUGUUUUGUAGAUGUGUUUGAGCAAAACUAGAGCUGUCCUGAAGUCCCAUAAGCCACUACCUGACCCAUACCCUACCACCCCCAAAAACCUCUCCACCAGGACACUUUCCCUCGGCGUGCCUCCCGCUGAGACAGCAAGUGAAGCAAAAUAACUCAUUCUGCCACACAAUCGCUUCAUCUCUCCCUCCGCUCGCUCGGACCGCUUUAUUCUUCUCGUUUCUUCCCUCUCUCUCCUCCCCCCAUGCUCACUCGCUUUUUUUCCCCCCUUUUAGAGCAUCGUAACUCUACCAAAACAAGAGCUGGCAGUUCUGAAUGGCAUAGGCCUGUUCUAUUGUGGUGUGUUUUUGUGAUGUCUGAGUUGUGUGGAGUCGGCUGGUGCCUUUGUUCACCAGCUCUUUGGUGGUUAUGAGGUAUGUGGAGAGAGGAGAGGGGUUUUGACAUGCUGCUGGGGCUUUAAAUGGUAAUGUUUUUAAUUAUGAAGGAUUUCACUUGAAAAUGAUGUUCCCUUCCAGUAGGCAUCAUUAGAAGUUUCGCAUUUUUGGAAAAUCUUGAUGAAAUAAAUGUUGUCAAUUGUAAAUGAUUUUCUUGAAAAUUAUGUUCGUUUCCAUUAGGAGUCGUAUUAAAAGUCCAGCAUUUUUGGAAAAUCUUGAUGAAAAAAUGUUUUCAAUUCUAAAUGAUUUUCUUGACAAUGAAACUUGUUUUCAUUAGGAGUCUUAUUAAAAGUUUUGCAUUUUUGGAAUAUUAUGAA